AAAAAGGGCCACUCCCGUCUAAAAUAAAAAGGAGAAGUGAAUCUUGAUUUGGCCGUGGAGGAGUUGGACGUUACUCUCAGCAGCACCUACUGGCUGCUUCACAACGCGUACACACUCCCUCCACAGGAGAUGAGGAAACUGCAAGACCGUCUGCGCGCUGUGGAGUACGUGAAACUAAACCUUUUCGUUUUCGACGUAGCUAACAGGACGAAUUUUACUACAAUUUUGAACAGGCAUAAGUUGACCUCCAUCCGCAUUAACGUGAGCACCGCUAGUCAGUACCUCUUCAAAAAGCGCUGGCUGCAGCACACCUCUGGUGAAGACAAGGACGGUAUCAGUACUAGUCAAAACAUGUGUGAACAUCAACAACACGCAUCCGCAGAAAACGGAAGUUUUCCCCUCCAAGGCGAUUUAAAGAAAGACCUCGACGC